AUGCAGGCUCUUCUUCGCUGGGUGAUUGAAACACAGCAGCCUUUUACAGUUGUUGAACAUCCUACAUGGAAAGAACUCCUUAAGAGUCUAAAUGCCAACUGUCCUAUCAAAACUGCAGAUACUCUUCGAAAUCGAGUUCAGAGUGAAUAUUCGAGUUGGAGGAACCGGUUAAAGCAGGACUUAGCUGAUACCUGCCGAUCGAUUUCACUUUCACUUGACAUCUGGACGUCAGAUAACCAGAUAUCAUUUCUUGCUGUUGUCGGCCAUUGGCUCACUCCAGAGUUUAAGCUUCGAGAAGAUCUUCUUGAGUUUAAAGAGAUUGAUGGAUUGCACUCUGGCGAAAAUCUGUCUACAAUUGUCAAAAGUGUACUUGAAGCGUUUCAAAUCGAACAUAAGCUUCUAACAAUCACCGGAGAUAAUGCCGGAAACAACCUAACACUCUGCGAUUAUCUUCAUGCAGACCUGUUAAAAGAUUUUGACGAGGAAGAUAGUCCAUUCCGCAUGAAACCACUUAUGCGGUUCCGGGGUCGAAAUAGCUUCAUUGGAUGUCUUGCACAUAUACUGAAUCUUAUCUGUAAGGAUAUUCUGGUAUCCUUAAAGACCGGUACAGUCCGUGAUGCACAUGUUAUACUUGAUGAGAUGCCAUCACAGAAGGAUCAUUCACCUGAAACACUGAUUUCAACGAAAGGUGCUAUUGUUAAGAUCCGUCUUUUGGCCUUAUGGAUUAGUAACAGCCCCCAGCGAAGGCAGGCAUGGAAGGAUAUCUCUCCCUGCAAGCAAAUCAAUUAUGAUAUCGACACUCGCUGGAAUUCAACAUACAAUAUGGUCUCUGAAGCUCUUCGACUUCGAAAAGAAGUCACUCAAUUUAUUCGUGAACAUCCAGACAUUCGAGAAAUGCAACCAACAGAUAGUGACUGGUCAACACUAAGACAAAUUCAGAAGGUCCUGAAGCCAUUCUGGGACCAUACCAACUCUUGCGACUUUCAAGAGAUUACUAAGGAGGUUCAAAAUGCUGUUGAAGGAGGAAUCCGGAAAAUGGAUAAAUUCACCAAGAAGAUGGAUUCCAAUAUUAUCUAUUACGUGGCUGCCAUUCUUGAUCCACGGGUUAAGACCUCCUUCAUCCGAGCUCAAAUGAGCAAGUCUGAUGCAGAUGUGAUUGUUUCUGAUAUACGUGAAUAUCUUAAGAAACAAUAUCCUGCAAGCCCUACCUCUUCCUCUAGCGCAGAGCGUCCACCAGGUAUGCCAGGGACAUUAUGGAAAAAGCUCAAAAAAAUCCAGCCUCUGCAAUCUGCAGACAUAAUAUCAGACAUUGAUCGGUACCUAGAUUCAAGCCCCGAGAUGUGGUCUCAUGGUAUGAUAGAAGAUGGGGAUCCUGACUGGAUAUUGAAAUGGUGGAAAGCAAAUGCCUUUAACUACCCCCUAAUGUCGAAAGCUGUACAAGACUAUCUUCCUAUUCCGUCUGCUGAAGUAGGCGUUGAGAGAUUGUUUAGUAACGCACGAGAUGUUCUGGGUAUUCGGAGACACUGCUUGAAUUCUGAGACGUUUAGAUGGCUGAUGUUCCUUAAGGGACAAUAUGGUAAAGAACGCCGGGACUCGGCAUAA